AUGGCAGCACCGGAUGUUCGUAUUAUUGUGCGACCGGAACAGGACUUCUAUCUGUUCAAUCAAGAACAACCUGUCCAUUUCCGUGUGUCCGCCAAAGACGAAACUGUACAACAUGCGGAGAUUCUUCGUUCAGUUCGUCUGAAUUGUACCGUAUAUGAUCCGAAAGGCCAGCAAGUUACAUUUAAGACCAAACCAAAUGACACGACAACAGUAUACAGCUACGUUUCAUUCGCCCUACGAAAGAAGUCAUAUAAAUCAGGUGUUUACAGAUACCAAUGUCGAGCAAUAUCCGAAAAUUUGAAACUGGAAAAAGUACUGACGAUAAUUGACUAUUUAACUGUAAAUCCUCUUGCUGAAGGUGAAAUGUUCAUUCCUUUGUCAGACCGGAAGAAAGUGACGUUGAUCAUAAAGAAUCGUGGAAAACAAAUACACUAUACAAACGAAGUUCAUAAUUAUGUAUGCGUUUUGUUAUGUUAUCUUACAAUGCACUAUUUAACUGUAAAUCCUCUUGCUGAAGGUGAAAUGUUCAUUCCUUUGUCAGACCGGAAGAAAGUGACGUUGAUCAUAAAGAAUCGUGGAAAACAAAUACACUAUACAAACGAAGUUCAUAAUUAUGUAUGCGUUUUGGAGGGUCCACCCAUAGAUGCCCUCCGCUUCCAAAGAAAUGAACCCAGAUGGAUCAGUCGAGAAAACAGCAAGUCGGCUGUUGCUCUGGAGAACGUACUGUACGUAACGGAGGAAGCAAGCAUUGGUUAUUACCAUUACCGGUGUUUUUACAACAAGAACGGAUUAAAGCUGCAUAGUGAACUGAGGUUCUCGGUUCUCGACAAAAAUCUCAUGACUCUCGAUAUUGAUCCAAUUGGACAUUCGACUUUCGUAUACCACACGCAAGGGAUUCGGCCAGCCUUCAGGUGCCACACAAAAUACCUGGGAACAAACACACUUCAUCGACCCAUUUGGAGGCUGUUGCACGGGCAGUCUGACUUUGUCAUAAAAGAUGAAACAGAUUACACACAAAGUCAGUCGACUGUGUACCUUGUGGAUGACAAGGAAGGGCAAAGCACUUUUCAGUGCAGUCUUCGC